AUGGYUAGGAAUAAAAGAAAAAAUAUCAAGGAUAAAGAGAAAUUUAAAGAGUUGAGAAAAGCGUAUAAGAAAAGAAGAAAGCAAAAGCUCAAAGUCAACAAAGGUUUUAAGGAUGUUUUUACGAACAAAGUGACGAAUCCACCAUGUUCACCACCGCAAAAUAAGACCGUGAAGAUUGUAAAAAAUCAAACUCUCACUGGAUCACAAUCACAUUCGCCAAGAACAGAAAAUGCCUACCUUCAUAUAGGAGGAAUUAAGGAAAUUAGUAUAUCGGAGAUUGAGAGUACUGAAAAAUGUUUAGGUAGCGGAACCUUUGGAAGCUGUUACUUGGCAUCUUAUCGAGGGUUUGUUGUUGCAGUGAAAAACUUUAAAACUCUCCCAAACACUCCUAUAGUCAAGGAAGAAGUUUUGCGGGAAGCGGUUGUCAUUUCAAAGCUUGGAGAUCAUCCAGGUUUACUGUUUGGUGUUGUAACCGCGAGUGAACCAUACUGUUUAGUUUUGCAGUUUCACGGAGAUAAAAGCACUAGCUUAACCCUUUGGAAGGCUAUGAAAAAGUUGCAAUUGACAAAGAUAUGCUGGUAUGCGAUCUUAACUAAGAUAAUCGAUGCUCUUGCGAGGGUSCAUUUUAUGGGCUUUUUACAUAAUGAUUUGAAGUCUAACAACAUUGUGUUAGAAAAACGAAGCGAUCUGUACAACCCUGUGAUUAUUGACUUCGGAAAAGCAAAAAAAAUCAAACUUCCUAAACCACCAAAAUCAUUGGCUCUUGGUGAGCAACGUGCUUUCCAAAAGAGGUACCCACACAUUGCACCAGAAAUUGUUUCAGGAAGAGGCCAACAAACUAUUGAAAGCGACAUAUUUUCGUUGGGACGCCUUUCGCUAGAUGUCUUAGACCUUAUUCCAACAGUUGAAGCCACUGUUCUUAAUCUUUUCAUUAGAUGUAAUGAUAAAGAUAAACUAAAAAGGCCUACGUUACGGCAACUCCGACAUGUUGUUUCACGUUAA